AGAAAGUGAAGAGUUAAAUUUAAUUCCGAAAAGAAAAAGUGAGAGUUUAAUUUAAAACGACACCACCAGAUAUUCUACGCUAUGAAGCAGAUAAGGAAUUCUGAUUCCCAGCUUAGAAAAUCCAGAUGCAAAUCUGAUUUCUUUCCUGAAAUCAUGAGACUCUGUUGUGAUUAGCAAUAGGUUUCCUUUUCAAAAUUUCCCCAAAACACUUCAAUGGAUCCCAUUCCCGAUUUGCGUUAAAUAUAGGUCAAAAUAUGAACUGAAAAAGAAAAACCCUAGAAAUUCCAAAGAAGAAAAAGCACACAGACAUAGAUUGCAUUCCCUUCAAACACGGUCUAUUAAUUUUGGUCAGAAACGCAUACCAAUUCCAUUCAACUGAAGUGUCAAAAGACGCCCACAAAGUUCAACCUACGUUACAGAUUUAUAUAUAUAUGGACAUGUAUGCAUAUUUGUAGCUGAAGGUGGACAUAUUUCUUGAAUACCCCUUGUCGCGAUUUUUGUUCGAGGGAUCGUCGGAGUGAACUCUUGAAAAUGGUCGCUGCCGCGCCGUGCGACCACCGGAGCGCGAAAGAGGUCAUCUUCGACGCCUCCGCCGGUGCCUCUGCGGGUGCAAUAGCAGCUACAUUCGUGUGCCCGUUGGAUGUGAUAAAGACGAGGCUUCAAGUCCAUGGCCUCCCAGAAAUGCAGCCUUCUGGUCGUAAAGGUAGUGUGAUUAUUGUGAGCCUACAAAAUAUUGUUCGAAACGAAGGUCUGAGGGGACUCUACCGCGGCCUAACGCCAACUUUGACAGCAUUACUUCCAAAUUGGGCUGUAUACUUCACGGUUUAUGGGCAUCUUAAAGAGCUAUUACAUACAUAUGAAGGCAGCAACAACAGCGACCAGCUUUCGAUUGGUUCAAAUAUGGUAGCUGCUGCAGGAGCUGGUGCUGCAACAGCUGUCGCAACAAAUCCUUUGUGGGUUGUUAAGACACGACUUCAAACACAAGGAAUGAGGCAAGGUGUAGUUCCUUACAAGAAUAUAUUUUCUGCUUUGAGUCGAAUUGCCCAUGAAGAAGGAUUCCGGGGAUGGUACAGUGGUCUUCUGCCUUCGUUGGCUGGAGUUAGUCACGUAGCUAUCCAGUUCCCUGCAUAUGAAAGGAUAAAAUUCUACUUGGCUAAACAAGGGAAUAAAAGGGAUAAUGAGCUCAACCCCGGAGAACUUGCAAUUGCCUCAUCAUCUUCAAAGGUCGUCGCCUCUCUAUCAACUUAUCCCCAUGAGGUUAUCCGUUCAAGGUUGCAAGAGCAAGGUCAAGUGCGGGACUCUCAGCCAAAGUAUUCUGGCGUCGUUGAUUGCAUCAAGAAAGUCUUCAGACAGGAAGGUCUAACUGGGUUCUAUCGUGGCUGUGCUACAAAUCUCCUACGAACAACUCCAUCUGCUGUGAUUACAUUUACCAGUUACGAGAUGAUACAUAGAUUUUUGCUGCAACUCUCUCCUAAGGAGAAGCAGCAUCCGAAACCUCACCCUAAACCCGAUUCUGGAACCAAGUCUCAGAAGGGAUCGACAAGCCCUGGAGAAAAUGACACUUUAGACCAAUCUGUAAACCCAUCUAAUGAUAGAACUCGUCUUAUUCCUUUGGAUAAUACAGAUCAUAAGCUCACUGCUAGGCAUUAGUUCACCCAUUUUAUGUUAUCAAAAGCUGAAUUCAUCUUCAAUUUUGUUGUCAAUAAAAAGCAACUGGAAGUUUCUGUUGUAUGUGUAUGUUGUUUUUUCAAGCUUUCAUCAUUGUUGGAUGUACUAGACAAAUUGAUUUUUUCUGUAAUGUUUCAGAAAUCCCAAGUGAUUUAUCAUUGCUAUCUUUUUGGUGAA